UUCUCAGCACCCCGGGGUCCGGGGAUCUGCAGCACCUGGUGCGAGCGUGAGCGUGGAGAGGUCGUGGUGACCAUCCUGUGCGUGGGUCUUGGGCAUCUCCCGCUCGGGGGUCUGCCGAGCCGGGAAUACCGCGGCAGCCUCGGGCACCGGCCCUCCUUUCCCUGGCCCCGGAGUUAUAUUUGAGACACUUAAUAGCCUCUCAUAAUCUCACCUUUCACUUUUCUUUCCUAGCCGUCACGGCUGUAUCGACCUGCUAUAUUUCCAUUGUGGAAUUUUUUUUUUUUUUUUGGUCUGGUAACUUACGUAAGUUAGAUUGUCGGACCAGCCAUUGCAGCCAUUGGAAAACAUGUCUCCCAGCCCCUAAGGAAUCCAGGCCUUUUAGCGCUCCCCAAAUCCAGCCCAAGAAUUCAGUGAGCCGUCAGUCCUUCCCAGGAGCUGACGGCACACAUUCCUGUAAGAUGCCUGGUGGAUUUGUACUUGUCUGUGUGCUCCUCCGGUGCUUUUCCUGAAGACUGGUUGGGUGGCGUGUGUUUCAACUUUCUUUCCCCUACCGGGAAAUAGGAAAGAAAAAAAAAAAAGGUUACAGAAGCACACGUGUUUUCAACAUCUAGAAAAUACAGCUUUGCAAACAAAAUACCAAGGGUUUGCUCUUUGUGUCCUUUAUGGAUCAUUGUCUGUUAAUGUCUUCAUCUUGUGGUUUGCAUGUGUGUGUUUUCCCAGUCUGUCAUGUUCAGAGCCUAACAGUCAGAUGGGAGACUGAGGCUGUGGGCCUUUCAUUUAUUGACGACAGGUAGCUAUAAACUUGCAGCUUUGUGAGAGCCCUGACUUUGCACUUGCUGACAGUAGUCUGGGCCUUUUCUUUUCAAGAUGAUGUGCGAGGUGAUGCCAACCAUCAGUGAAGCAGAAGGCCCCCCAGGAGGAAGUGGGAGCCAUGGGUCCGGCUCGCCUUCGCAGCCAGAUGCAGAUUCGCAUUUUGAGCAGUUGAUGGUGUCCAUGCUGGAGGAGAAGGACCGCCUUCUUGAGACGCUGAGAGAGACCCAAGAGACACUGGCGUUAACCCAGGGGAAAUUACACGAGGUUGGCCAUGAAAGAGAUUCCUUGCAGAGGCAGCUCAACACUGCACUUCCGCAGCCUCUACCCUCUGCCUCCCCUUCUCGAUCUGGUGACCAUCAGUUUGUAUCAAGUGAUUUUUCUUUUAUGUGGUGGUUUAACUUUAAAAAAUUUUUUUGAAAUUCUGUAAUAAUCCCAACCUGACCUCAGUGUAUUCUUCUUUCACUGUUUUUGUUGUUAAUAUUUUUAAGAAUUAUUUCAUCUGCAUUCAUGAGAAAUUGGUCUGUAAUUUUACUUUUUUGAAUUGUCUUAUUGAAAGUGUUUAUUUGACAGUGUUUCCAACUUGGCAAUAAAUGAUGGUGAUUUAGUUAUAA